AAAACAAUAACAAGGUUUUUUGAAUGUGUUUAUCACUGCGUUUUCAAUAUAGCGUUAAGUUUGCUACCAAGCUUCCUGAAAUAAGGGCAUUGGGGAAAGGGUGGCGCUUUCGUCAAGAUAAAAACAUAAAUGUGAAAAAAAUUAUAAACUUAAUAAGUUAUUUCAGAAGUGUUUUGUUUUCUCGAAACUGUGGAAUUUAAAUGCCUUCCAUCCCAUCACGAUCUUAGAAUAUUGAAAAAGGCCCAAAGCAAGUAGAGUGUUUAGACAGAAUAAUUAAAAAACGACAAAACAGGAUUAUCACAAAACAUUUUGAUUGAACACAUCGUUUCAUUCAGUCAGUAAGGCGAAAGACGUGGUUCUACAUUGCACGGGGCAUAUUUCUGUAACCGGCUCCUGUUAAAACAGCAAAGUUCGGUUAAUAAGUCGCCAGACCGAAAAAAUAAUCUGACAAAACCAACAAACCGGCUUGGAGCCGUAAUUUCUUAUCUUCUAUUUCUUCGGUGGUUAUGUAUUCAGUCGCGCUCUCCACAAAUGAUAAACAACCUGGGAGUAUUACCUUUGCUUUAGUUUACUUUGAAAAUAAACAUAACAAAUCUUGUGCCAGUCGAAUCUUAGACGAUUGACUGAAACCCCCCUUUGUUUUUCUUUUUUCUGGACAUAAAUAUGGAACGUACAUGUGUGUGUGGUCACACGUACGCGCGCACCUGCCAAACGAUUAGUAUUUUCCUUUUUCAGUAGAACCUUGUUUGACGUAUAUUUUUGUUAAUUUUUCCCUAAAAGGUUUUGGAAUAUAAUCACACUAAAGUUGACGCUCGAAAUAGACGACUACGGAUUGAGAGGCAUCGUAGUCCUAUCGAUGCAGCUGGUGUGACACUCAAAAAAAUAUUCAACUUACAUUCGACAGCGCGACUAAGUAGGAAUCACUCGAGCAAAUAAUCGAAAUAUCUUCUUAUCUUGAGCCGAUAUUAACAAUUGCGUGUGAAGCUGCCUGUUUUCAUGGAUGGUGAAGUACAGCGAAUAUAACUUUAUUUUUGACAUAACAGCUUGUAGUCGGCAAACCGCAGCUCAGUGACGUGAGAAUUGACUGUCUUCGUGACUGACGCUCGAUAAAAGAAACAGCUUGGGGUGUCGUUUGGAAUGCUGUUCAGGCCGAAAGAAGAAUUCCGAACAAGGAUUCAACUCUGAAUAGUACAUAGGUCAUAAUAUAGUUGUGUGACUGAGCCAAUAGCAAGUAGAGAGGUGUUCCAUUCGGUAUCAAGACAAAGGUCUCAAUUUUAGGGGCUAUUUAUAUACAACAACACGAAAAACAACGCUUGGCGAUGGUAUUAUCAGCGACAUCAAGACUAUGUGCCAACGUUCCCCCUCCAACAAGUCUAUCCUACUUCACAGCAUCCCUAUCAAUUUUUCUGGCUAUCAUAACCAUUCCAGGAAACUUCCUUGUCUGUUUAGCCAUCAUCAAGGAUCCUUUUCGAAACUUGAAAACGCCAUUCAAUUAUUUCCUGUUGAGUUUGGCUGCGACAGACCUAGUGGUGGGAGCAAUCAUGGACCCAGUUUCGGUGGCGUUUCACAUGAACGAAGCACUUCAACUCAACAACGUGGACAUUAAAAUUUUGCAUGUCUUGUAUUUCAUCUUGAGCACAGCAUCCAUUUUAACACUUGCUGCGCUAACAGUGGACAGGUACCUCGCUGUAGCAAUGCCAGUGAAGUAUAAAACAAUGGUCACAUCCAGACGCGCCAUUGUGACUUCACUGUCGAUUUGGGUUGCGGCCUUGGGGUUCUCUUUCAUCUACUUCAAACUUGGGUUCAUAUUCUUCUCUUUCGUCUUCGCCAACACCGCCGUGUUCAGUACUUUUGCGGUUCUCAUAUUUGUUCACGUAGGUAUUCUUAGGCGCUUGCGUGAGCGAUCAAAAUAUUGGCGAGGUCGAAGAGCAAUAGGAUAUACCGAAUCCGAAAAACAAGAGAACCAAAACAAUUUCAUUAGCACGAAAAAGGAAAGCAAGGCAGCCAAGGCAUUGAUGAUCGUUCUUCUCACCUUUUUCGCUUCGUUCACUCCCGCCUGUGUCAUGAUCUACUUGUUAAAUUUUUGUUCAAAGUGCAGCUGUUUGAUGGUCCAUUGGUUGCGGGAUUUACAGUUUUUAAUCGUGCUGUGUAACUCGGGUGUUAACCCGUAUUUGUACGCGUGGAGGCUCCCUCAGUUUAAAAGAGCUUUUUACAAAAUUCUCCACCUAAGACCCCGAGGCAAAGUAAGUGACUUUUCCACGACAUCCGCGAAUAUGGUGAGCAAGUCAGGCCAGAUCCCUGAGAGUCGUGUUGGUCGCAACGAUGAAAAGAUUUCUGGUGUUUAAUAAGAGUUUCUGAACGUCUCUCUAAAAGAUGUAAAUUUGUUCAAAAUAUAGACUUGUGAUUCUAGAGUGAUGUGGAGUUGGUUACGAGGAUCGUUUAUUUUGUUUCUGCUGUCUUCAAUUUGCUUGAAGCGAACACGGCUUGCUACACCUCUUAGUUUUCCGGUAACGAAAUAAUUCUUAACGUCAAUAAUUUAAUUCAGUUUAAAGGAAGUAAUUUAUUUGCUUUUCGCAGAGCAAGGGUAAUUCCGGUAUUGGCGUGGAACUUUAAACAUUUUCAUUCAGUUACAAUAUACCGAGAAUUCAGAUGAUAUGAACUCUGCGCGACGAUUAAUCCUCAUUACCUUUACACUCGCUGAUAACAAAUGAUACUGUACGAUAUCUAUAGACUCGUGAGUUUCUGGCUGGUACAGUGAAUUACCUUCUUUACAGCCAGAUCUUAAUUCUGUUCCUAGAUAUUUACCCUUUUGUUUAUUCUGUCAGUUUUAUUUGACUUGGUAAUCAAGAAACUUACAGUUAAAUCGCAGUAGUGAUGUAUGUAAAAAGUCAAAGGUCUUAGUUUAAUCAAUCUCUUCAUUUUAUAUUAUCAGCACGCUAAAUCUUGUUGUUAGCAUGAGUUAUUUUCCAAAUAUUCCAAAUAUGACAUAGUACACAAAGUAUAGUCUAAAUAUAUAAAAACUCGAUAUAUUUAUAACUGAAUUUUGUUACGACAUCGAUCCAAUUCAGGAUAACUUGAUAAGGAAAUUCUAGAAAGAUCGUAAGAUUUUCUGAUCGAAGAAAAGUCAGACAGCACGAGUAAUUUUGUAAAAUUAGAAUUGUAAACAGCGUGUUCGUCUGAGUGAAAGUUGUUUACUCUGUUUUAAUACUGCCUGGUAUCUCGCCUACCGUCUCAGACAUUUCCUGUGAGGAUGAUUAAUUCUAUUUGUGAACUUUUAGCAUAAUAACCCUGACAGGAAAUGCUACAGUGGGCUUAUACUUUAUUUUGACUUCGUCCACCCUUUUCAAGUUGUCUCAGUGAUAUUAGCAUUCCCAGCUCUGUAUUAUAUAUUACCUUACAAGUGUGAGAUUUGUAUGAUUUUGUAGAACAAAAGUGUAAGUAGCUUGUAAACUAAAAAUCGACUGAAUAAAUGCUAAAUUAAUUUUA